AUGGCUAUCAUCUUGCUAAGGUCUCUACCUUCGUCUUUCAAGCACUUUCGAACAACUCUAAUGUUUGGAAAAGAGUCCCUGAAGCUUGAAGACGUGAUUCAAGCUCUUCAGUCAUAUGCUAAACUAGAUGAUAUAACUGAAAGCUCUCAAGGCCUUUAUGCCAAAGGCAAGGAGAGGGGGCGGGAAAAGACAAAGGAAGAGAAAACAGGCAACAGAGGUAGGUCAAAAUCCAAGAAGAAAAAGGAAAAGAAGGAAGGUUGCUUCGAAUGUGGUUCAGCCGAUCAUUGGAAGAGGAACUGCAAGAUUUGGAAAGAGAAGAAAGCCAAGAGGGAAGGAAGCUCGGGUUCAGCUAGUGCAGUCACCGAGCAUGAGAGUGACGGGGAGCUUCUUUCAGUAACAUCAGGCUCCAAGGCUUUCACAAAUUGGAUUUUGGAUACCGGAUGCACUUUUCAUAUGUGUGCAGUAAGAGAAUGGUUCGAUACUUACAAAGAAGUCAGCAGCGGGGAAGUUUUAAUGGGGGACGAUUCUUCAUGUCCUGUAAAAGGAAUCGGCACUGUUCAAAUCAGAAUGUUUGAUGGGAUGAUACGAGUUUUGGGGAACGUUAGAUAUGUCCCUAGACUAAGAAAGAAUUUGAUUUCCUUGGGUACUUUAGAUGAGGCCGGCUAUGAGUACGAGUCUAAAAAGGGAAGACUCAGGGUAGCCAAAGGAUCACUGGUGGUAAUGCGGGGUGACCUACAACCCAAUAAGCUGUAUAAGUUAAUUGGGACCAUUAUAGUUGGGGGAGCAGCUGUUUCUGUAAAUCAAGGUAUAAAAGACAAGACUGAACUCUGGCAUCAUAGGCUCGGGCACAUAAGCCAGAAAGGGUUGCAAGAAUUACACAAGCAAGGCUUAUUGGAAGGCGUGUCAUCUUGCAAACUGGACUUUUGUGAAUAUUGUGUUCUUGGAAAGCAAAGGAAGGUAUCAUUCACGAGUAGCAGUGCAGAUAACCGAAGCAAGGAGCAACUCAGCUAUAUUCACUCAGAUGUUUGGGGCCCUGCACCAACCAAAUCAAAUGGUGGAGCCAGGUAUUUUGUUACUUUCAUGGAUGAUUUUUCUAGGAAGGUUUGGGUUUAUUUCAUGAAGCAGAAAUCCGAGGUUUUUGCAAAGUUCAAGGAAUGGAAAACAGAAACCGAGAAUCAAACUGGAAGAAAGAUCAAGUACCUGAGAAGUGACAAUGGAGGUGAAUAUACAAGUAAUGAGUUUACUGAUUACUGCAAGGAAGAAGGCAUCACAAGGCACUUCACAGUAAAGAAGAAUCCCCAACAAAAUGGAGCUGCUGAGAGGAUGAACCGAACUCUCAUGGAGAGAGAGAGGAGCAUGCGAUUUCAUGCAGGAUUGCCUGAUAGUUUUUGGGCAGAAGCUGUUAAUCAUGCAAGUUAUUUGAUUAACAGAUCACCAUCUACAGUUCUUGGUUUUAAGAGUGCAGAAGAGGUAUGGUCUGAGAAGCCAGUGGACUAUUCCAAGCUCAGGGUAUUCGGCUGUAGUGCUUAUGCACAUAUUCCAAGCGAUGAAAGGUCCAAGCUCAAACCAAAGUCUACACAUUGCAUAUUCUUAGGUUUUGAGAAAGGAGUGAAGGGUUUCAAGCUUUGGGAUAUCAACAACAGGAAAAAGGUUGUCAGCCGAGAUGUUGUCUUUAAUGAGACAACCAUGCCUCUGAAUAAAGUCGAGAGCAGUAGGGAGAAGAAAGACGAUGCUGAAAUUGAAGCAACAAAGAUUCCGUUAAUCAGUUCAGACGAAGAAGCUCAGGUGGAGCAAAUUGAGCAAGAUGCCGAAUCUGAUGGUUUUGAGGAAGAAGAUGAGCAUCAGCGUCGUUCACCAGUUAGGAAUCAGGUGGAGCAAGAAAUAGGGCAGAUUGAAGGCACUCUAAUCCGCCAGACAUCCCAAAGGGUUAGAACUCCAACCAACAAUCCACCUGCAUUCCAGAGAUGCAUAGCACUGGACAAACCUAAUCGGAAUAAGAAGAAACCUGACAGGUUUGGGUUUGACCAAGACGAAGUUAAUUAUGCUCUCAACAUUAGUCAAGGAGAUCCAACUACUUAUCGAGAAGCUAUAGCAAGUGAUGAGCGAGAUAGUUGGAUAAGUGCUAUGACAGAAGAAAUGGAGUCUCUUUACAAGAACUCUGUUUGGGAGUUGGUUCCUAAGCCCAAAGACAGAAAGCUAGUUGGAUGCAAGUGGGUAUUUAGGAAAAAGGAAGGACUACAUGAACAAGAUGCCGUGAGAUUCAAAGCAAGGCUCGUGGCUAAAGGGUACUCACAAAAGGAAGGAGUGGAUUAUGAUGAGAUCUUUUCACCCGUAGUUAAGCAUACUUCUAUCAGAUUGCUUUUAGCAAUGGCAACUCAGCAUGACAUGGAGAUUGAGCAGAUGGAUGUGAAGACAGCGUUUCUUCAUGGGGAUCUAGAGGAGACAAUUUUCAUGGCUCAACCAGAAGGGUUUGUUGAAUAUGGGAAAGAAAACCUAGUAUGUCAGCUAAAGAAGUCCCUGUAUGGCCUGAAACAGUCUCCAAGACAGUGGUACAAGAGGUUCGAUUACUUCAUGCUGAAAAUCAAUUUUAGAAGAUGUUUAUAUGACUGUUGUGUGUACUAUCAUGUUUUCCAAGAUGGGAUGGUCAUAUUGCUGUUGUUAUAUGUGGAUGACAUGCUAAUCGCUUGUCAAGAUAAGUCUAGAAUUCAAGACUUGAAGAAGAUGUUGAGCGAGGAGUUCGACAUGAAGGAUCUAGGUGCAGCACAGAAAAUCCUUGGCAUGGAGAUUCAGAGAGAUAGGACCGCUGGAAGGAUCUGGAUAUCACAAGCCAAGUAUAUUCAGAAGGUUCUUGAGAAGUUCAACAUGCAAGAAGCAAAGGCAGUUUCGACUCCUUUGGCAGCUCACUUCAAGUUAAGUGGGCAACAGUGUCCUAAGUCCGAGGAAGAGCAGCAAGUAAUGGAGAAGGUUCCUUAUGCUAAUGUCGUGGGCUGCCUUAUGUAUGCAAUGGUAUGCACACGUCCAGACAUAGCUCAAGCAAUCAGUGUCGUUUCCAGAUACAUGGGAAAUCCAGGAAAGCAACAUUGGGAUGCAGUCAAGUGGAUUUUGCGUUAUUUGAAGGGUUCUUGGCGACAAAGGAUUAUGUUUGAGAAGCAAAAAGAAAAUGCAAGGGUGUUGGGAUAUGUGGAUGCUGAUUAUGCAGGGGACUUGGACAAGAGAAGGUCAACUUCUGGUUAUGUGUUUACAUGCGCAGGAGGACCGAUCAGUUGGAGGGCACUACUGCAACCAAUUACAGCUUUGUCGACCACAGAGGCAGAGUAUAUUGCAUUGGCCGAAGCUGGAAAGGAAGCAAUUUGGCUUAAUGGCUUGGUAAGUCAAAUGGGAAUCACCCAAGAUUUUGUGAAGCUGAAGUGUGAUAGUCAAAGUGCCAUUCACUUGGCAAAGAAUCAAGUUUUUUCUGGAAGAUCAAAGCACAUUGAAGCAAGAUAUCACAGAAUCAGAAAUUGGGUGGAGUCUAAGGAGAUUUGGAUUGAAAAGAUUCAUACGGAUGACAAUGCCGCAGAUUUCCUUACAAAGAUAGUGCCGGCCAAGAAGUUCAAGCAUUGCUUGAACUUGAUCAAUCUCGUUGAUUGA